UAAUAAAAAAACGAAAGCAAAACUGUUCUAAACGAAACUUAGCUGUAACAGACCAAGCCAUGGAAAAUAUAUCAGAUGUUACUGUUGAAGAAUGUACAAAAUCAAGAUACUUAGCACCCAUGCGUUUGAAAUAUAAACAGAAUAAAGAAGAUAAGUGUUGGGACCUGAUAUCUGAACAUGAUGAAAUGGCUCAGGGAAAAUAUGGGAUGCAAUGCAAGUACAUAAUAGUGUUGCCGUUCUUCUGUUCAACAAAUCUACGGACUCUUUUAUAUUUGUGAGGCAGUUUAGACCAGCUAUUUAUUUGAAUAACAGCAAAACUGAACAGAAGAAUGAUGAAGUAAUAAUUGACACAGAUAAAUUCCCCGGGUCGCUGGGAAUUACAUAUGAGCUUUGUGCUGGACUGAUCGACAAAGAUGUCAGUCCCACAGAAAUUGCCAAAAUGGAAAUCCAUGAGGAAUGUGGCUUUGAUGUUCCUAUGGAGUCUAUCGAACAUGUGACCUCAUACAGGUCUGGCGUUGGGACCACCGGAUCAAAGCAGUAUUUAUUCUAUGCUGAGGUAACAGAGGAAAUGCGGACUGGAAAGGGCGGGGGUGUCGUGGAGGAAGGAGAAAUGAUUGACGUGAUUGAAAUCCCAAAAUCAGAGGUCAUGACCUUUGUCAUGGACGAGAACAUUAACAGACCAAUUGGAAUGAUGUUUGCUGUUUUAUGGUAUUUUCAAAAUAAAACGAAAUCGUAAGAUA